AUGACGGAAAAGUCGGCCAGGGAUGAUCGGAAGCAAUAUUGGGCUGAAAUAGCGACCUCGACGAAGCAGGCCUCGAACUUUGGUGACACUCGAAAACUCUACCAACUUAUCCGCCAGGUUAGUGGUAAGCCCUAUGCACUGAGUGAUUCUGUUCGCGACGUGAAGGACAACUUUACUGCUGACAACUCGUCCAAGAGCAAGCGCUGGCAUGAGCACUUCGAGUGCCAUUUCAACUUCGAUACCCAAUCCACCACGCCCUUGUUCUCCCCUGCAGCGGAGUCUCCUCCCCCUCCAACCUAUGCAUUGUCAGGAGACCCCCUUGUGAAGAAGUCGCCGAUGCCAUACAAAGGCUACGCAACAACAAGGCACCGGGUAAGCACGGUAUACCCGCUGAAAUUUACAAGUCUUGUGUCGACACUCUGGCGCCCUGGCUCCAUGAGUUGACUCAACAAGCGUGGAGAGACGAGGUUUCUCCUGAUGACCGGGACUCAGGUAUCCUUGUAACUAUCCUAAAAAAGGGAGAUAAAACAAGAUGCGAGAACUACCGCGACCCAAGUCUCAUCGACUUUGUUGCGAAGAUCCUCGCCAUUUUCCUUCUUAGGCGAUUUCAGGCUGUGCGUGCCACUCGGACGAGGCCCAAUCAAGCCGGAUUUCGUGCUCGAUGUGGAUAUGCGAACCACGUAUUCACACUGAGGCGCAUUCUUAAAUUCAGCCAUAGCUACCAACGACCGACGGCCGUCUGUUUUGUUGACUUUGCUGCCGCGUUCGACUCCGUCCGUCGUGGGUCCCUGUGGUGGAUAAUGGCAUUAGAUGGUGUAUCGCCAAAAAUCCUCACCAUGGUCAAGGCCUCUUGUCGUUCCACCGGUGCGCAAGUUAUGGUCCACAACAAUCUUUCCCAACCGUUUGGUAUUCGGUCUGGCGUUUGA